GCGUCAGGUGGCCAGACAGCGGGGAUGCAGGCCAGGUGUAGGGGAGCUGUCCCCGCACCUGCAGGAGGCCCUGCCUCUCCCACCACUGGGGCCGGGUCCUCAGGCCCCGUCCCUGCCCCGCCCGCCGCCUCGGCCCGCCCUCCUGGCCCAGCCCAGGGCCCUCCCAAGCUAUUUUGAAAGUGACCCUGGGUUGAAGUGCCGGGCGCAGGGAGCGGCUCGGUGGCGCCGGGCGGGAACCAUGACAGAAGAUGACCGAGGCUGCGCUGGUGGAGGGCCAGGUCAAGCUGCGGGACGGCAAGAAGUGGAAGAGUAGGUGGCUCGUGCUGCGCAAGCCGUCGCCGGUGGCAGACUGUCUGCUGAUGCUGGUCUACAAGGACAGGUCCGAGCGCACUCGGGGCCUCGGGGAGCGCAGCAGCCUGACCCUGGCAGACAUCUGCGGCCUAGAGCCCGGCCUGCCCUACGAGGGCCUGGCCCACACGCUGGCCAUCGUCUGCCUGUCCCAGGCCAUCAUGCUGGGCUUCGACAGCCGCGAGGCCAUGUGUGCCUGGGACACCCGCAUCCGCUCUGCGCUCGGUGAGGUCCACAGGUUCCCCGUGACGGUGGCUCCUGGCACCAAGCUGGAGAGUGGCCCGGCCACCCUCCACCUCUGCAACGACGUCCUCGUCCUGGCCAGGGACGUCCCCCCGGCCGUCAUGGGGCAGUGGAAGCUGUCCAACCUCCGGCGCUACGGGGCUGUGCCCAAUGGGUUCAUCUUCGAAGGCGGGACCAGGUGUGGGUACUGGGCUGGAGUUUUCUUCCUGUCCUCAGCCGAGGGGGAGCAGAUCAGCUUCCUGUUUGACUGCAUCGUCCGCGGCAUCUCCCCGACCAAGGGCCCCUUUGGGCUUCGGCCAGUUCUCCCAGACCCGAGCUCUGGGGGGCUCUUGGCCGCGGAGGAGCGCUUGGCCCAGGAGACACUGGAAGCCUUGCAGCUGGAGAAGCGGCUCAGCAUCCUGUCUCACACAGGCCGGCCGGGCAGUGGAGGAGAUGACCGCAGCCUGUCCAGCUCCCCCUCUGAGGCCAGCCACUCGGACCUCAGUGCCAGCAGCCGGCUCAGCACGUGGCCCGAGCAGCACCUGUCCUCAGCCAGCACAUCGCAGGAGGGCCCGGGGCUGGCGGCUGCCCAGGCUCCAGAGGAGGCUGCGCUGGGCACCUCAAGGGCGCCCCCCAAGCCGCUGUGGCCACGGCAGCUGCAGGAAGUUGGCCGCCAGAGCUCUUCGGACAGCGGCAUCGCCACGGGCAGCCACUCCUCCUACUCGGGCAGCUUCUCGUCUGACGCAGGCAGCAGCCUGGACGUGUGGCGGGCUGGCGAGGACUUCGGCUCGCUGCUCAGCCUGCCCCUGCCGGCACCUGGGGCGCCCGAGCCCAGCCUGUGCGCCUGCCCGCCUGGGGCGGCUGAGUACCAGGUGCCCAUGUCUUGGUGGCCGCACUACGACACACCCCGCAGCCUGCUCCCGGCACCCCGGGACCAGAGCCCAGCCUGCCGGGGUGGGCCCGACCAGGGUGCGGCGGCAGAGCUGGGCGGUCAGAUGUCUGAAGGCUGCCCUUCCGGCUGGCUGGGCACCAAACGGCAGGGACAGGCGACAGAGGCCUCGGGCAGCGAGGCCGCACAGGCCAGCCCGGCCCCCAGCAAGCCCUGGGAAGCGGGCAACCCGCACGCUGGGCCGCCUCCUGCUUUCUUUUCGGCCUGUCCACUCUGUGGCGGACUCAAGGGAGCGGCGGCCUCAGCCCCGGGACGCGUGAGGGCACGUUCAGGACCCCCAGGGCCAGGGGCUCCUGAGCCGCCCGCCUACGUGAACAUCCCCGUCAGCCCCUCGUCCCGGCAGCAGCUGCACUACAUGGGCCUGGAGCUGCAGGAGGCCGGCCUGGGCGUCCGAGGGGCUGGUGCCUCGCGUUACGCACAGAUAGACAUUUCAUCCACGGAGGCGGCACAUCGGGCUGGGGCCCAGCACGCCCAGGAGCGGCUGUCGGAGCUGGAGCAGCACAGGAGGGGCGGCCCACGGUGAGGCCCUGGCUGGACAUCUGCGGGGUGGCCUCUGUCUCCGGGAGCCUGGCCCUCAGAGCUCGGGCUGAGGCUGUGACCAGCACCCAGGCUGCAGCGGAGGGACCUCGGGCCCCGGUUCCUGGAGUGAUGAGGUGGAAGGCUCUGGGUCCAGGCCGGCCACCACAGCGAGGGGACCCACGCGAGGGCUCUUCUCCCUCUGGCUCCGUCCACUGGUGCCCGGCCAAGCCUCCCUGUCCAGAGAGGCGCUGCCCCCAGCUGUCACUCAGGCUGUGGAGCAGACUCUGAGCCUGGAGUGCAGGCUGCUCUCCCAUCGGGAUGAGGGACAGCUCAGAGGAAGGCAGGGCAAGCUGGUCCCCACCCUCUGGGACUUGGGCUGGGACGCGCUGCUCCAGCCUGGCCCUGUCCUCUGCACACCCCUCCGGGGGCCCCGCCUCUCGGGCUGCGGCGCCCUGGGCCUGAGGACUGAGGUGGCAGGGGUCGGAA